UAAAGCUCUUCCAUGUCCAAAACCGAAGCCCACACAAUUCUUCUCUCACAACUUCGUCUUCUCAAUACUUCUUCGUCUGCUUCCGUGCAUUAGUCCUCACGAGGAUCUCACACAUCAGGUCCCCGUCUCUCCGUUCAGUCCGUACAGGAUAGAUUAGUUCCUUAAGGUUCACAAUGCCAUCAGCACAAGAUCCGUUCUAUGUUGUGAAAGAGGAGAUUCAAGAAUCUAUUGAUAAGUUGCAGUCUUCUUUUCACCAAUGGGAGCGUAUUUCAUCUGAUAAUGGAGAGCAAGCACAUCUCACAAAGGAGCUGCUUGCUUCUUGUGGUAGCAUUGAAUGGCAGGUAGAUGAGUUGAACAAAGCAAUUUCUGUAGCAGCUAGAGAUCCGACAUGGUAUGGCAUUGAUGAAGUAGAACUUGAAAAACGAAGAAGAUGGACAAGCACUGCUUGUGCCCAGGUGGGUUCUGUAAAGAAAGCAGUGGAAGCUGGAAAGGAGUCUUCUGGAACUAGCGUGAAUGGGAUGCGUCGAGAACUAAUGAGGCUGACGAAUUCUCAGGAGACCAAUAGAUCCAACCAGUAUGCUGCACAACAUAACGACGACUUCAUAACUUCAGAAUCAGAUAGACAAUUGCUUCUCAUAAAGCAACAGGAUGAGGAGUUGGACCAACUUAGUGCAAGUGUGGAGAGAAUUGGAGGUGUUGGACUUACUAUUCAUGAAGAGCUCCUCGCACAGGAGAAGAUUAUAGAUGAAUUGGGCACGGAAAUGGACGGUACAUCAAAUCGUCUUGAUUUUGUUCAGAAAAAAGUGGCUACAGUGAUGAAGAAGGCAGGUGUAAAGGGCCAGUUAAUGAUGAUUCUAUUUUUACUCGUCCUGUUCAUCAUCCUUUUUGUAUUGGUCUUCCUCACCUAGUCUGAAGAAUGGAACACGUCUUCCGUGGGGGAGGGAUCAGCCUUCCAGAAAGAACUGUGGAACUCUCAAGUACAGAAUUUACUGGAUACACUAGGUUUGUUCGUAUAAGCGUUAUUUUUUUAAGGUUCUUAUAAGUUUUGAGGUCGAUCAGAAUUUGAUGUUGAACAACCAGAGUUGGACGAUGAAUGUGAAACAGAAGCUUUAUAUUUGUUUUAUUUGUUU